AUGAAGUUUGUUGUUAGGGCACUGUUUUUGUCAGCUGCCGCAUGCGCUGUUCAUGCGGGACUAUUGUCUGGUGGUCAUCACGGACAGGACUCCUACGUCUCCUCAGCUCUUAGUGCCCCGUCUGCCUCAUAUGGAACACCAUCAACUGUAUACGGACCUCCUGCUUUGAACGAUGCCAGUUUAGGAGAUCUGGGUCACGUGUCUGGCGGUCUUGAAGGAGGAGUAAUUUCGGAUGACCAUGCCUUAGACCAUGGACACGGACUUGGCGGUUCAGGAAUAUUGGGUGGUUCCGGCCUUGAUGCUGGAUAUUCCGAUGCUGGUAUACCUUCUGGUGUUCCUCUUGGAGACGAUGGCCUAGGCUCUGGAUUAGCAGGACCUUUGCCAGCUGCUCUUUCUGCUGGCCAGUACGGAGCUGGAGCGGCAUUAGGAGGAGCAGCUCUUCAAUCUCCUAGAGUCAUCGGCACUACUGUUUCAGUAGGACGACCAAACGUUCAGGCUUCACAGUACGAACUCCAAUCCGUUGUGCAGAAUGUUGUACGUCGCGUCCCAAUCAUAGUAACACGCCACGUCAAAGUGGCUGUGCCACAGCCUGUCCCCGUACCUGUACCUCAGGAAGUCAAAGUACCAGUACCUCAACCUUAUCCAGUGCAUGUUGAUGUUGUCAAACACGUGCCAUACCCCGUAUACAAGACCGAACACGUCGAGGUAGAGAGGCCAGUCCCAUACGAAGUGGUGAAGAAAGUGCCAGUGGAAGUGAUCAGGAAGGUGCCAGUGCCAGUUGAAAAGCCCUAUGAGGUCAUCAAGAAAGUGCACGUUCCCAUUGAGAAGCACGUAGAAGUACCCGUGCCGGUCUGGAAACCAUACCCUAUUCAUAUCAUCAAGCAUGUCACUCAUUACAAAAAGAAGCAUUGCUGCUGGUGA